AUGUCCUCGAGCACAUCUUUGAAAGAGCUAGUAGAUGCCUGGCUGCAACUGGAUCAGAAUGAAGUGACCCGAUCUGAAAUACAAAAUCUCUGGGAACAGGGUGAUACCAAUGAAUUAGAACGUCGGAUGAGGCCACGGAUUGAGUUCGGAACCGCAGGGCUAAGAGGGAAAAUGGAAGCUGGAUGGGCUCGUAUGAACGACUUAAUCAUCAUCCAGGCAUCUCAGGGACUUUGUCAUUACGUUCUCAAUGAGGUUCAAGGUGCAAAAUCCAGGGGGAUAGUUAUUGGCUACGACCAUCGAUACAAUUCGGAGAGGUGGGGGCAUCUGACAGCCGCUGCGUUUCUUCAGAAUGGGAUGAAAGUUUAUCUAUAUCGAGGACUCGUUCAUACGCCUCUUGUACCGUUCGGUGUCAAAAAGUUAAACGCGGCUUGCGGAGUGAUGAUUACAGCGAGCCACAAUCCAAAGGUGUACUGGGAAAAUGCUGUUCAGAUUAUUUCUCCCCACGAUAAAGGUAUCUCGGGCUCCAUCAGAGCCAAUCUUACCCCGAAGGCCUGGCCCAUUGAGCCAGCUGAUAUCUCUGACAAUUGUUUGGAUGUGACGGAUGAGAUCAAGAGGGCAUAUCUAGUUGAAAUAGAGAAUUUAAAACUUCCUCAAUAUACACCUUCGAAUGACCCACUUCGAUUUGUGAACACGUCCAUGCAUGGUGUCAGCCACCCCAUCAUCACAGAUGCUCUCAAAAUAUUCAGUAUCACAGUGGAUCCAGUCAAGGAACAGAUGCAUCCUGACCCAGAAUUCCCCACCGACCUGGCUAUCGCGCAGGCUAAGAAUUGUAAUGCGAACUAUGUGCUGGCUCAGGACCCCGACUCCGAUCGGUUUUCUGCUUGUGAAAUACACCCUGCGGGUGGAGUAACCAUAUUCACUGGUGAUCAGCUUGGCACCAUAUUUGCUGCACAUGUUUUCGAAACCUAUCGAGAUUCUGGAAAAUCUCUCUCUAAAUUAGCAAUCGUAGCAUCUACGGUUAGUUCGAAAAUGGUAGAGGCUAUAGCCGAACGAGAAGGUUUUAAGUUCGUUGAAUGCCUCACAGGGUUCAAGUACAUUGGGAACACUGCGCUCGACCUUGUUGAAAAAGGUUACGAGGUACCUUUUGGGUAUGAAGAAGCCAUCGGAUUCAUGUUUGGAUCUACAAUCAGAGACAAAGACGGAGUCGCAGCUUCUGUCAUGUUCGCCCAACUCGCGGAAAUUCUUCACAGUCAAGGGAAAACUGUCACUAGUUAUUUAGAAGACCUCUACAAACGAUAUGGUUAUUUUAAGACCUCUAAUAGCUACUUCAUCUGCAAUGACCCCCGAAUCAUCGACGCCAUCUUUGCUAGACUUCGAAAUUAUGUGCGGAGAAUCAACUAUCCAAAAAAUAUCGCAGGCACCGAAAUUACUAGUGUGGUCGAUCUCACUACAGGUUAUGAUAGCACCAACCCCCCGACGUAUCAGCCUUCCAUGCCCUUGUCUUUUGGGCACAUGAUUCAGUUCCGCGGCGAGCUAAAGUCCAAUGGGACCAAAAUCGUCCUUACCAUACGUACCAGCGGGACUGAACCAAAGGUAAAAUACUACUUGGAAGGUAACGGAAAAGAUAAUCAAGUGGUUUUGGAGCUGCUGUCUCGAGUGGUGUUGGAGUUGGGUAACGAUUGGAUGCAAGCCUCAAAGUAUGAUCUCAGCCAUCCACAUAAUUAA